GAAGUGAACCAAAUAAUGGAGACCAAUCUGUGGCUGAGACACAUGUGGAACGAUUACAAGCUCAAGUGGAAUCCUGAGCAGUAUGGAGGCGUCGAAUGCAUCCGCGUGCCAUCGCAAAAGAUCUGGAAACCAGACAUCGUGUUAUAUAAUAAUGCUGUUGGGGACUUCCAGGUGGACGACAAAACAAAGGCCUUGCUGAAUUACACUGGAAACGUCACUUGGAUGCCACCGGCUAUAUUUAAGAGCUCGUGCAAAAUAGACGUGACCUACUUCCCCUUUGAUUACCAGAACUGCACCAUGAAGUUUGGCUCCUGGUCUUACGACAAAGCCGAGAUCGACCUGGUCUUGGUCGGUUCCACCAUGAACCUCAAGGAAUACUGGGAAAGCGGAGAGUGGGCCAUCAUUAAAGCCCCGGGCUACAAGCACGACAUCAAGUACAACUGCUGCGAAGCUGUCUACACGGAUAUCACCUAUUCCCUUUACAUCCGGCGGCUUCCCUUGUUCUACACCAUCAACCUGAUCAUUCCCUGCCUGCUGAUCUCCUUCUUAACUGUCUUGGUGUUUUACCUCCCUUCGGACUGCGGGGAGAAGGUCACCCUGUGCAUAUCCGUCCUCUUAUCCUUGACCGUCUUCCUCCUGGUCAUCACGGAGACCAUUCCUUCCACCUCCCUGGUGAUCCCGCUGAUUGGGGAGUACCUGCUCUUCACCAUGAUCUUCGUCACCCUCUCCAUCGUCAUCACAGUGUUCGUGCUUAACGUGCACUACAGAACUCCCAGAACGCACACCAUGCCCGCCUGGGUGAAAACCAUCUUCUUAGGUGUGCUCCCGAGGAUCAUGUUUAUGACCAGGCCGGUCAGCGAGGAAGAGGAGGACGAGGGCCUGAAGCCGAAGCCGCCCAGCAGCACUGAGAUCCCCCGCUUCAACUGCUUUGGCGCCCCGGAAAAGCUGUGCCCCAAGGGCGACUUCCCAUGCCAGGACGCCGUGUGCUGCUACUGCCAACACCAACACAUACAAUAUAUCAAAGUGAACGGCAACCUGACCCAGAGCUCCAGCUGCGAAUCCGUAGAUGCUCUCGUCUCGUCUUCGGUCAUAUCGUCGGAAAUGAGAGAUGCAAUCGAGAGCGUUAAAUACAUCGCCGAAAACAUGAGACUGCAGAACGAAGCCAAAGAGACUCAAGAUGACUGGAAGUACGUUGCCAUGGUGAUUGACCGGAUCUUCCUGUGGGUGUUUAUUCUUGUAUGCAUUCUGGGGACGGCUGGUUUAUUUUUGCAACCAUUGAUGGUUGGAGAUGACGUGUAG